CUUUCCAACGCCCUUGCUUCAAGGGCUUUAGCUCUCUCUCUCUCAGCAGCAUCGUCGCUGCUCGAUUUCCAGAAACGUCGAGCCCUAGCGGCCGGACUCAAGCUUUACCUUUCUUCCCUCAGCGGCUUGCCGCUGUUGUAAGUCCAGCCCUCGCGGCCGGACUUGUAAGUGGAGGUCUUUACCACACCGCGCCUCCAUCAGGAAGCAGUGUCAAUUCGUGCUCCGAACAACUCUCCGACCUGAAAUCUAGACCGUCUAGUCCGGUAAUCGACACGUUACUUCAGUCCUGCCGUGUCCUGGUCUUAAGCUCAUCUCGGAAACUAUGCCUGGCGUGAAUUCCAAGGCCAAGAGUCCCACGGCCAUGGCCGCGGACGAGCAGCAGGUGGCGACUCCCAUCAGCGCCAAGAAGUCUAAAGCCCUCGCAGCUGUCGCUGCUGACGAGAAUGGAGCCACUCCGUCCGAAUUAGGCUCGGCGAAGAAGUCUAAGAAGAAAACUAAGGACGCCGAUACGCCCGCGAAGCGGAAGCGCGGUUCGACUGCUGCAACGGAGCCGGCGGCGGAGGAACCUUCCCCGAAGAAGAAGUCGAAGAAGGCUGCGGGGGAAUCCGCGGCAACGGAGGAAGGUUCGGCGAAGAAAUCCAAGAAGAAGCAGCAGAAGAAGGCGAAGGACCAGGAGGCGACAGCGGAAGAGCCGGAGAAGGAGGAGUCUGGUGCCUCUGCCGACGCGUCAACGUCUUCAGACGAGGCUGCUAACGGAGCUGGAGCGGAGAUCACGGGCGAGGUUGAGGGUUCAUCGGACGGUCCGGAUGAGCCGGCGGAGGAGGAGGAGGACCGUGAGGACGAUCCCAACAGCAUCGACAAUUUCCGUCUGUCGCCGGCCGUGAAAGCCGCGCUCCGCCGCAAGUCGAUCUCGUCGCUCUUCCCCAUCCAGGCGCAGACAUUCGACAUCGCGAUGGACGGCGCAGAUAUCAUCGCGCGCGCGCGCACGGGGCAGGGCAAAACCCUCGCGUUCGUGCUGCCCAUCGUCGAGCGCCUCAAGAUCCUCAAGGAGAGCGGCGCGAAGACGGGCUUCGCGAACCGCAGCAAGUUACCAAGUGUGAUCGUGCUGGCGCCGACGCGCGAGCUGGCGAAGCAGGUGGGCGACGACUUCGAGUACAUCGGGCGUGCGGCGGGCAUGUCCGUGGUGUGCGUUUACGGCGGCGCGCCCAUGGGCCCGCAGGAACGCGCGCUCUUCCGCGGUGUCGAUAUCGUCGUCGGCACGCCCGGACGUAUCAAGGAUCUGCUGCAGCGGGGGUCGCUGAAGCUGAACGAGGUGCGGUUCAGGGUUUUGGACGAGGCGGACGAGAUGCUCGACAUGGGCUUCGUCGACGACGUCGAAACCAUCCUGCAGUCGGUGGACGACCAGUCCAAGGUGCAAACGCUGCUCUUCAGCGCCACCGUGCCCGAGUGGGUCAACAAGAUAUCGAAGCGGUUCUUUAGGGAGGACAAGCGCAUUGUGGAUCUGGUGGGCGGCGAGCGGCAGAAGGCGAGCACGAGCGUGCGCCACCUGCUCAUGCCGUGCCACACCAAGCAGCGAUUCCAACUCGUCGCUGACGUCAUCGCCACCUACAGCCUCGGCGGCAAGGUGAUCCUAUUCGUGGACACCAAGAGCGCGGCGUCGGAGUACGCGCAGGGCCUGGCGCACCUGGGAGCGCGCGCGCUGCACGGCGACGUGGUGCAGCAGCAGCGCGAGGUGGUGCUACGCGCGUUCAAGAACGGCGAAUUCCAAGUCUUGGUUGCAACCGACGUGGCGGCAAGGGGGCUGGACAUCAGCGACGUGCAGCUCGUGCUGCAGGCGCAGGUGCCCCGCACCGUCGAGACCUACAUCCACCGCUCCGGUCGAACCGGGCGCGCAGGCAACACGGGCGUGUCAGUGCUGGUGGCGGAUCGCUGGUCGGGGCGGAUAGUCGCCAACAUCGAGCACACAGCAGGGGUCAAGUUCGAGCGGGUCAGCCCGCCCCAGCCCGCCGACCUCGUUAGAGUGGCGUCCGCUGCAGUCACAGCGAAAGUCAAGGCCGUAGGGGACAGUGUGGUGCCGCUGUUUGAGGAGUCCGCCAAGGACCUGAUCCAGUCAACUGGCCUCUCCCCUGUUGCUGCCCUGGCCAAAGCCCUCGCAUGCCUUGCGGGCCAUACGGAGCUGAAGGUGCGGUCGCUGCUGUUGAGCCAGAAUGAUCAGGUCACUCUGCUGCUGCGCUGCUCCUCGCCCUUCUACUCCCCCUCCUACGUGCUGCGUUUCUUUGAGCAGCACUUGACGCCGGAUCAAACACGCGCUAUCAACGGCAUCACUCUCACUGCUGACGGCUGCGGUGCCGUCUUUGACGUACCGGUGAAAGACAAAGACCUGUACCUCAAAGCGGCGGUAGCGGCUGCCAGCAGCGGACAUUCAAACAUUCAGGUGGAGGAGGCAAAGUCGCUGCCCGAGCUCAAGCAGGCUCCCAUGACCGGCAACAGUCCCGGAGGCCCAAGGAGAUGGGGAGGAGGAGGUGGUGGAGGUGGAGGGGGGAGCGGUGGUCGUGGUAGGUUCGGUGGUGGUGGCAGCAGCAGAGGGGGCGGAGGAGGGGGUUACGGGGGAACAGGAGGGGCGGUGGUGGCAGUGGUGGUGGUGGGUGGAGGAGUGGCCGAGGUUAACUGAUUUACAGGAUUCUUGCACCUUCAAUACUCAGCACUUUCCUGGGCUUCCUUCCCUUGUGCUUCCUUCCUGAAGCGCAGUUGACACACGUGCAUGUGCCGGCUGCCUCUGCUACUGCUGUUGCUGCUGACACCCUUGCUUGUUUAGCUCCACACUAAUGGACGCCAGCGUGUCAGCAAGGCUGUGCUGCAAUUGGCAUCUUAUUGCCGUGUCACAUGUCAUUCAUUGUAUUGCAGAUUUUGUACUCAUGCUUGUCCUUGUUACAGAAAGCUGAUCAUUCCUACGGUAACUUAUAUCUGACGAUGGUGGUCUAGUAUGGGAUUGGAC